AUGUUUAAGAAAGCUGUGAACGACCAUCCGGGAGGGACCACCUCCAAACCUCUCCAAUCCAGUCUUCUACGUACGAAUACAGCCGCAUCUUCCAAGCCUCUCCCCCCUCCCCAAUCGGUGGGUGUCAAACGGAAAAUCGAGAUGGCCAACAGCGGAGGGUCGACGCUUGGCUCCCUCCAUAGUACCGUUUAUUUUGACGAGAAUGACUUCGACGAUGACUUGGAUCUCGAUGACCUCGAUGAUCCCCUUCCGUUCACUACUCCGUCAACUACCUUUGCAAAGCCAGACCCGGUGAACUAUCCCAAAAUUCACUCGGCAACAACCGCGGAUAACAAACUCCCAGCAAAUGUCGCAUAUCCAGAUCUGCCACCCGCAUCUCAAGAGCCUGACGUGCCAUCCAGUAGUAUACAAAUCCCAUGGUCGUCCUCGCCCCCAUCUCAUUUUCAACCGCCCCAGAAGCCGCGCACAUUGCCGUGGCUACAGGGGGGCAAGAAGGAGGAUACCAAGAACAGCCUCAUCACUCCCAAGCGUACGAAACCUACGGACAUUUGGAACAAGAGCGCGAGCGCCAUCAAGGAGGAGCAGAAAGAGCUCAGGCGGGAAUACAAGAAAACCCAAAAAGAAACAUUGCAAGACUUAGCGGCUUCGACUUUGAGUUCAAAAAACACCAAAAUUCUGCCUGUUCAGCUGAGUGAAGAACAAUUGGCCGUGCUUGAGGCCGUCGUCGACCGUAAGAAAAGCAUUUUCUUCACAGGCUCAGCAGGUACUGGAAAGUCGGUACUCAUGAGAGAAAUCAUCAAAAAGUUGCGCCUGAAAUACAAAAAUGAACCCGAUCGCGUUGCCGUGACAGCAUCUACUGGACUUGCUGCCUGUAAUAUUGGGGGUGUUACACUUCACAGUUUUGCUGGCAUUGGAUUGGGCAAAGAAGCAGUUCCAGAACUGGUCAAGAAGGUCAAGAAAAAUCAGAAGGCACGGAAUCGCUGGCUGCGCACAAAAGUCCUCAUCGUUGAUGAGGUGUCGAUGGUUGAUGGUGAUUUGUUCGACAAACUCGAGGAAAUCGCCCGGCGCAUCCGAAACAAUGGCCGUCCAUUUGGAGGAAUCCAGCUGGUCGUCACUGGCGAUUUCUUUCAAUUGCCACCUGUGCCAGAAAGGAAUCGAGAAGCCAAGUUCUCCUUCGCUGCAGCAACCUGGAACACUACCAUUCAGCAUACUAUUCUUCUUACUCACGUCUUCCGUCAACGUGACCCUGAGUUCGCGGCGAUGCUGAACGAGUUGCGACUGGGUAAUCCCAGUGCAUCGACCGUUGACGCUUUCCGAAGACUCUCCCGGCCUCUCAACUUCCAUGAUGAGCUUGACGCGACUGAGCUAUUCCCCACUCGGAACGAGGUUGAAAAUGCCAACUCUGCCCGCAUGUCCAGGCUAUCUGGUGAGAUGAUGAGCUUCACAGCUGUCGAUUCCGGGACAGUCACAGACCCCCAAUAUCGCGAGAAGCUGCUAUCCAAUUGCAUGGCUCCGCCUGUUAUCCAUCUCAAAAAAGGUGCUCAAGUUAUGCUGAUCAAAAACAUGGAAGAGACCCUUGUGAACGGAUCUAUUGGCCGCGUGGUAGCCUUCAUGGAUGAGGCAAGCUUUGACUACUACCGCACUAAUGAGGACGAUUUUCACCCUACUGGAGAAGGUGACGUGAGCGAUGAGGAUAGUGCCGCUCGUGCCCGGAAAAAGCUCAAGGGUAUGACACACAAGGAAGGCCCAGCCACAAUUACGCGAAAAUGGCCUCUGGUGUGCUUCGUUCAGCCCGAUGGUACAGAGAGGCACCUGUUGUGUCAGCCCGAGGCGUGGAAAAUUGAACUUCCCAAUGGUGAAGUGCAAGCUCAACGUUCGCAAGUGCCCUUGAUCCUGGCAUGGGCUUUGUCUAUUCACAAGGCCCAGGGCCAGACGUUGCAGCGUGUCAAAGUUGAUCUGGGACGAGUAUUUGAGAAGGGACAGGCAUAUGUGGCUCUUAGUCGAGCAACUUCUCAAGCUGGUUUACAAGUCACAGGCUUUGAAGCCCGCAAGGUAAUGGUUCACCAUAAAGUGACUGAAUUCUACAACAACCUUGUGUCGAUUUCCCAGGUGCUCGGGCCGAAGGCCAAAAAGGCAAAUGCUUCAAAAGCAGCCGAGGGUGGCGAUGAUGACUGCUUCAUUGUCUAA